AUGGCCUAUGAGUUGGAUUUACCAGAAGAGCUAGCAUCAGUGCAUCUAGUGUUUCAUGUGUCUUUGUUGAAGAAGUGCAUUAGUGAUCUAACUUCAGUUGUACCCUUAGAGAGUGUAGGUGUAAAGGAUAGUAUCUCUUAUGAAAAGGUUCCAGUCGAUAUUCUUGACCAUCAUGUUCAUAAGUUGAGGAACAAGGAAGUCGAUUCAUUGAAAGUUCUUUGGAGGAAUCAGCUAGUCGAUAGAGCUACUUGGAAAGUAAAAGCAGAUAUGAUGGACAAGUACACCUACCUCUUUCCUUCAAGUUCAAUUCCAGCAUGA